UGGAAUGCUUACCUGAUGUUACUGGAUUUGUUUGUUUUGUCUUAUGAUCCUUUCUGCAGGCCAAUUCAGCCCACAAACUUCAAGAUGCUGAUGGAGGAAUAUGUUAGCCUCUGCACAGAACUUUCAAGAAAUAUAAUGCGUGGAAUCGCUUUAGCACUGGGUGGUUCACCAUAUGAAUUUGAAGGUGAAAGAGCUGGAAAUGCAUUUUGGGUGAUGCGGCUCAUUGGUUACCCGGGUGUACACUCUGCUAAUGGCUCAGACAUUCCAAAGGACGUUGGAUGUGGAGCUCACACUGAUUAUGGUUUGUUGACAUUGGUUAAUCAGGAUGACGAUAUAACUGCACUUCAGGUGAGAAACCGUUCGGGCGAGUGGAUAGCAGCUCCUCCUGUUCCCGGAACAUUUGUCUGCAAUAUUGGAGACAUGUUAAAGAUUUACUCAAAUGGUUUAUAUGAGUCCACUUUGCAUCAAGUUAUCAACUCCUCCCCAAAAUACCGGGUCUGUGUGGCAUAUUUCUAUGAGACAAAUUUCGAUACAGCAGUGGAGCCUCUGGAUAUUUGUAAAGAGAGGACGACUGGAGCUAAGAAAUUUGAAAGAGCUGUUUACGGAGAACAUUUGGUUAAUAAAGUCCAAACAAACUUCGUUUAUUAGUUGAAAUUUAGUGUAUAAAACAAUAAGUCAUUAUUGUAUCGAGUCAAUGAACUCGGGUAAUUUGGUGAAACUAGUUUUCUUCUCGGUUUCUUUUAAGAAAAUAUUCUUUGGGUUCAUAUUUGUUGUCAUGAGAUUUGAACUUAAUACCUACUCAAACAAACUGGACAACGAAAUGA